GGUGGCACAAGCAAAGAUGUUGCUGUAUCAGUGGCACCUUUUAAUGGGGCUGAUGCUGCUGCAUGAAAUGAAGGGAACCAUGGUGAAGCUCAACAAUGGUGGGUUUGAAGACAUUGUUAUUGCAAUUAACCCUGCAUUAUCUGAAGACAAUAAAAUCAUUAACAGUAUAAAGGAUAUGGUUAAACAAGCCUCAUCCUAUCUCUUCAGUGCUACAAAGCAAAGGUUUUAUUUCAAGUCUGUAAAAAUUUUAAUUCCUCUGAAUUGGAUCCAUAAAUCUGAAUAUAAAAGAGUAACCCGGGAAUCCUAUAACAAUGCUGAUGUCAUUGUGGCAGAUCCUUUCUUGAAAUAUGGUGAUGAACCCUACACCUUGCAGUAUGGAGGGUGUGGUGAACCAGGGCGGUACAUCCAUUUCACGCCUAACUUCCUGACAGAUGACAGUUUGCUCAUUGUUUAUGGACCACGAGGCAGAGUAUUUGUCCAUGAAUGGGCUCAUCUCAGAUGGGGCGUCUUUGAUGAAUACAAUAAUGAUGCACCUUUCUAUACCACUGGAAAAUACAAGGCUGAAGCAACGAGAUGCUCAUUGAAUAUCACUGGUCAGUAUGUAUUUCAAACUAAAUCAGGAAGUACCAGAAAAUGUGAAGUGCAACAACACAACCAUCUCUAUGAAUCUGAAUGUUUGUUCCUUCCAGACAAAGAUCAAACUACUUCAGUAUCUAUAAUGUACAUGCAAGCUCUCCCCUCAGUUACUCAAUUCUGUGACAAGAGUAAUCAUAAUGUCAGAGCACCAAACUUGCAGAACAAAAUGUGCGACUUCAAAAGCACAUGGGAAGUCAUUAUGGACUCGCCUGACUUUGCUAGUUCUUCUUCAAGAAGCACUCCUCCACCUGAUCCCACAAUCUCCUUGCUGCAAAUGCAGGAAAGGGUUGUAUGUCUUGUACUAGAUAUUUCUGGAAGUAUGGCUGGGUAUAAUCGCAUUGCUCGGCUGAAACAAGCUGCAGAAACAUUCCUCCUACAGACUGUUGAAGAUGGUUCCUGGGUUGGAAUUGUCACAUUCAAUAAUGAGGCAACAAUUCAGACUGGUUUGCGACAGGUUGUCAGCGAUUCUGUGCGCAAAACUCUUAAUGGCUAUCUCCCUAUUAGUGCAAAUGGAGGAACUAAUAUAUGUGCUGGAGUACAAAAAGGAUUUCAGGUAUUUUUACAUAAAUAUGCAAAUACAGAAGGCUGUGAAAUCGUGCUCUUAACUGACGGAGAAGAUUCAAGUGUAAGCUCUUGCUUUGCUGAAGUUCGAAGAAGUGGAUCUGUAAUCCACACCAUUGCUUUGGGGCCAAGUGCAGCAAAAGAACUAGAAAUGUUGGCAGACAUGACAGGAGGUUUGAAAUUUUCUGCCACUGACAGUGUGGAUUCCAGCAGCCUUGUAGAUGCUUUCAGUGGGAUUUCAUCAAGAAGCCGGAGUAUCAACCUACAAAGUCUUCAGAUUGAAAGUAAAGGAGAAAGUAUUGGUCCCAGGCACUGGAUGUAUGGCACUGUAUCCAUAGAUAAAACUGUGGGAAAUGACACUUUCUUUGUCAUUACAUGGAGUGUGAGCAUGCAUCCACCAAAAAUUUAUCUGACAAAUCCUAGAGGAAAAAAUUACACUACCGCAGAUUUUGUAAUUGAGAAAACCAACCUUCAAACAGCUCGGCUUAAGAUUCCUGGAACGGCAGAGGCAGGAGACUGGACUUAUUCAAUUCAGAAUACUGAGUCUGCGGCUCAAGUCCUUUCAAUAACAGUCACCAGCCGAGCAGCAUCUGCAACUGUGCCCCCAGUAACUGUGAAGUCCUAUAUGAGCAGAGAUACUAACAAGUUUCCUAAUCCCACCAUCAUUUAUGCUGAAGUCACCCAAGGAUUUUCACCUGUUAUUGAUGCAAAGGUUAUGGCGACUGUUGAAUCAGCAUCUGGAGUAUCUACUGAGGUAGAACUCCUUGAUAAUGGCUCUGGUGCUGAUAUUCUCAGAAAUGAUGGAAUCUAUUCAAGAUAUUUCACAGCUUUCAAAGAAAAUGGUAGACACAACAUCAAAGUGAGCGUCCAAGGGAAAGACGAGACUGCCAAGCGGACUCGCAGACACAGUCAUACUCUCUACAUACCAGGUUUUAUAGAAGCUGGUGAAAUAAAAAUGAAUCCACCGAAACCUCAACCUAAUGAGAAUGAAACGCAAGGAAAUGUGGAAAAUUUCAGCAGGAUUGCAUCAGGAGGUUCUUUUCUAAUGACAGACGUUCCAGCUGGAAAUAUCCCAGAUGUCUUUCCCCCUUGUAAAAUCACUGACCUUAAGGUUGAACUUACUAAGGAAGAGGAAUUCCAUUUUUUCUGGACAGCUCCUGGGAAUGAUUUUGAUGUAGGAAAAGCUGAAAGAUAUGAAAUAAAAAUGAGCAUCGAUCCUCUGGAACUAAGAGAGACGAAUUUUCAUAGUGCCAUAUCUCUGAAUACAUCUGCCCUGAUACCUGAGGUUGCUGGGACCAAACAAUCUUUUCAGUAUAAGGCAGAAAACUUCACAAAAGAAAAUGGCACCUCCAUCUACUUUGCCAUUCGUGCUAUUGAUGACAGCAAUAAUUUUGGAGAAGCAUCUAAUAUCGCAAUAGCGACUAUGUUUGUUUCUGAGUUUCUUCAACCCCCCUCUAAUAAUGAAUAUAGCAAAAUUGUUACCAUUGUUGCAAUAACAACAUGUUCUUUCAUUGUUCUCUGUGCUCUUGUAGGUGUAAUCAUUUGUGUUUUAAAGAAGAGAAAAAUGAGUGAUCCUAGAAGUCUUGAGACUGGGAAAUAGGAAUCCUAAACUACAUAGUGAGGAAAGUGGGUGUGAUUCAGACUAACUUGAAUGUAAAUCACAACUAACUUGUCUUACUGAUUUUAAUUAGAUUCAUCUUCAAGUAAUUUGAGGUGCUUCUACACUGUAGAAUAAAUGCAGUUUGAUAUCUCUUUAAUUCCAUGGCUCAAUGCUGUGGAAUAAAGAGAGUUGUAGUUUUACAAGGUCAUCACUUUUCUCUGCUAAGGAAGAGAAAAAGAACGCCAGUGUGUUACCAAAAUACAAAUUCCAAAAUGCAAUAGUAUUAAGUUAUGGCAAUCAAAGCAGUAUCAAACUGUAUUGGUUCUACUGUAUAGAGCCAAACUUGUUCUUGAUCCACCUUAAUGACAGUAUUUCAGUACAUAAAGCAAUAAAUCAUUUGUCUCUUUAUCUAGUAUGAAUCUUGGGGUUUUCAAAGGUUCUAGAAUAAUUAUCCAAAGUUGUACUAAUUGUAACCAAAUUAGUUGAUCAUAGGCCCCUUCCACACUGCUGUAUAAAAUCCACGUUGAAAUGGAUUCUAUGGCAGUGUGGACUCAGAUAACUCAGUUAGAAAACGUACCAGGGAUACAGGUCCCCAGGGGAAGUGCCCGGUAAAAGGAAAAGGAAAAUAAAAGAAGGAUAGAUCAAUGGAAUGGAGUCCAAAUAGAACAAAAUAUCAGUUUCACAUUGCAGAACUAUGUGUUAGUAUUGGAUAUUUAUCCCUUUAAUGAGCAUGACCCACUUGGGACUCAGUAUAUACAGUCAAUAAUCUAUUUAAGGCAGAUCUUGAACUGCAGAAAGCAAAUAUUAUGGACUGUCUGCCAUGAUAUUCUGGGUUAUAUGGCUGCGUGGAAGGGCCCAUAGAAAUAUGCUCAGUAAAUGAGAAAGGCAACUGCUAUUUUAUUUAAACCAGCAUUUUCUACCUCUGUUAUCCAAAACAUGAUCAUGCUGUUGCUAUGAAAAUUUGAUCAGUCUUUCCCAAAAUGUGCAAUUGCAAAGAACAUUAAGUUUUUCUAAGCAAACAGCCAUGGGAUGACAGCUAAUUUCAGCAAGCCCAGGGUAGCAUUGAAGCAUGACUCUAUUUCUGUCUCUUACAACACAAAAGAAUUUAAUUGCAAAUGUGUACUUCAGACUAAGAAUAGACAUAUUACAGGCAGUCCCCAAAUUACAAACAUCUGACUUACAAACAACCCAUAGUUAAGAAUGGGAGUGAGACAACAGGAAGUGAGAGAAAACUACUUCUAGUAAGGAAAAUUCACUCCUGAAAAAAUUAUUAUGAGAAAAAGAUAAUAAACAUUUAUUUGUAUACCACUCUGUCUUCCUGGGGGGACUCUGAGUGGUUUCCGUCAUGGUUAAGCAUAGCAAUUACUGAAAUAAGAACACACAAAACAUCAAUAUAAAAAGUAUAAACAUAGUACUAUAUAACAAUCGUGCAUAUUUAAAAUUUUAAAAGCCAGUUCAGUACCAAUUACCUUGGGCAGCUCAGCUUCCGAUGGUCAAGAUUCCAAAGUGGGCCUCGACGACUAUGAGAGGGCUGGGCUAGUACGGUGAAGUAGAUUAGGGCCCGGGAAGUGGGUCAAGUACAAGCAUGGCCUACCUGAUGGUCAGGGUGGGAUCUGAAGCUAUUUAUUUCUAACCACAAAAAGGCUGGGCCAAUUAGAAAAACAUAGGGCCGGGGAAGUGGGCAAAGUGCACUGUAUCUCCACUGAAGCUUUGUCACCAAUCUUUGUUUCCAUAACAAGCCAAAUUUUUCAAAAUCCAAUUAUCACAGGGACACAAAAGGGACACAGUGAGGUGAAGUCUUCUGAGCAGGGGCACAAACAGCAAAACAAACACCAAAGGGUUGUUAGCCCUUCCCUAUGCUAUCUAAAACUAAAAGAUGUGUAUAUUUAGCUGGAGUUUCGCUUUAAAAAUGUACCUGUUCCAGCUUACAUGCAAAUUGAACUUUGAAACAUAUCUACAGAACCUAUCUUGUUCGUAACUUGGGGGUUGCCUGUAAUAAAUCCUAAAUGCAAAUUAUCCUUAAAAACUGUAGUUUUAUUGAAAAUUUUAGUAAAUUAGAUUCUUCCAAACCAGCAGUCCAGAUCUGAAUGUAUGUGUAUAUAUGGACUCUGUGUGUAUGUAUGUAUCGCAUAUAUGUGAUGUUUGCCCUAAAAAAUAAAAUAACU